GCGAACUCAGGCUCUAAAAAAAGAUUAAAGUAUUCGCUGAAACCGAGGUUCACUUCUGUGCUGGAAGUAAGUGGGACGCCUCGUCAGUCCUUUUUUACAGUUUUAUUUUAUUUUAUUUGUAUUUAUUUUUUUACAGUAAGCGACUGUUCCGCUUGUCUCUGUCACUUGUGAGAAACAGAGGUGAGGGAAGGCUAUCUCUGCACUCCUGGGCUCCGCUCCUGAAGGAAGGAAUGGAGAAUCAGCGAAACAGCAGAAUAUUAAAUCAACUCCAUAAAUCAUUUGUAUUACAUUCACGGCUCUACGAAAACACGCAGAUGAUAAUAUUGUUGUAUCUGUUGCUUCUGGGAGGUGUUUGUAAUGCAGAAACUGAAGAGACAAUGCCAGUGAUGGAAGGAGAUUCUGUAAUUCUACACACCAAUCUUUCUGAAAUACUGAACGACGAUACUAUACUCUGGGGAUUUGGACCUAAAGAAUCAGUCAUAUCUACAAUAACUAGAAAGAACGACUUGACCUCAUUCUUUGUCACCGAAGAAGUGACAUUCGCAGGCAGAUUGCAGGUGGACCAACAAACUGGCUCUCUCACCAUCAGAAACACCAGGAAGAUACACUCGGGACAAUAUAAACUAACAAUCUCUAGCAAAAAGACCACAUCCAGGAUAUUUCAUUUGAAUAUCUUUGAUGUGGUUGGAGAGACCGAUGGAGUGAAGUCAGUGUCAGUGAAUGAAGGGGAAUCUGUGAUUCUACAGAAUGAUGCUGCUGAAUUACAGAAAGAUGAUCUGGUCAUAUGGAGGUUUGGAGAUAAAGGCAUCCUCCUAGCUAAAAUUGAUGUAGGAACUGACAAUCACUCCUUAAAUGAUGCCGAUGAACGAUUCAGAAACAGACUAAAACUAGAUCAAACUGGAUCUCUGACCAUCACAAACGCCAGAACCGAACACGCUGGACUGUAUGAAGUACAGAUCAGAGGCCGCGGGAGCUCAAAGCAGUUCCUUGUUUCUGUCAGGGCUGAUUUGGGUUUGUCUUCAGCUGCCAUAGCUGGGAUAGUUGUUGCUGUUCUGCUGGUGGCUGGACUUUUAGCUCCUGUUGUGAUUUACUAUCGCCACAUGAUCUCUGAAGUAAAAAAUCAAGAGGCUGAGAUAGUGUCCGAGAUGGAAGGAAGAACUGUCGCUCUACGGACUGGUACUAAACUACAGCACGGUGAAGAGAUCAAGUGGUGGUUCGGAGAUGACCACAAUCCCAUAACCCAAUUCAGUAGAUGGACCGUUACAGAUGAUGAUAUAAAUUGUGAUGUUACUGAUGAGAGAUUCAGAAGCAAAGUGCAGCUGGGUGGUAGGACUGGAGAUCUCAUUAUCAGUUAUAUCAGGACCAUUCACUCUGGAGUCUACAGAGUACAGAUCUCCGGCAAAACCAGAAAAACCAAAUACAAGAAGAAAUUCUUUGUUACUGUCAAUGUAAUGAAAGUGCCAGUGAUGGUUGGAAAAUCUGUCACUCUAAAGACUGAUAUUGAAAUAAAGGAAGGAGAUCUGAUACUGUGGACCUUUGGAGUUAAAAACGGUCUCAUUGUUAAAGCUGAAUCAGGAAAAACUACUAUUAGUGAGAGCUUCAGAGGCAGACUGGAGCUAAAUGAACUGCUGAUCAAUGGAUCUCUGACUAUCACAAACAUCACAGAUGCAGACUUUGAACAUUUUCAACUACAGGUCCUCAACAGCAAACGGAACAGAUUCAGGAGAUUCAAUGUGAUCAAAGCUUCCGAAGAAGAGUGUGAAAUCUAUGAUGAGCAGCAGGGGAUGAGUUCACCUCAAUAAGACACGCCCACCACUGUCAAUCUUUGUGACAUCAUCAACUGAAUGUCCAUACGUCUCAAUGUUCAUACUAUUCAUCCUAAACAAUAUGUGAGAUUAGAAUAAGCGUGUCCUAAAGCAUAGUAUGUUGAAAAGAGUAUGCCAAAAUUCCCUGGAUGGUCUACUAUUUCAGUUUGGUUUUUGAAGUGUGGAUCCGUGCACAGUCUAAUGGCUAAAAUGAAGGAUUCCAUCCAGAAUUACAAACACGAAUAAAAGGCGUUAGAAAAACUACAAAUGUGGUGGAUAGAGAGGUUUACAAAAUAGGGUUCAGGCGUAAUUUGCAUGUGGGGCUGGAUCAAUAUUAUCCCUAGUUCCCUACCACUCUUUUAAAGUAGGUUUAAUUGAAAAAAAUCAUGCGAACGGUAUGUGAUGAUACAAACCAGUAUUAUACAAUAAAUAUCUGAUUUAAACCAUGUAUAUGCCACUGUUGAUUAUAUGGGAGAGAAAAAAAAUCCAAAAGAUCAUAGAUAUGAGUUCAUGCUGAGCAAAACUGAAAUAAUUUACCGAACUGAUUUGUUCCUCUCCUGCGAUGUUACUUCUGCACUCCUUUUCAUUCACAAACAGAAGUGAAACAUAAAACAUGAUAUUGAGAAUCAGUUUUUAAUCUAAUUCAACCAACCAGUCACAGUAACUGAUCGGCUCACAGACUAAUUUAAUGUGACCACUACGAAAAUGAAAUUCUAGAAAAAAAUUACCUUAAAUUGGCUAAAUGCAUGUUAGAAUGAAUAUAUAUAUA